UGUCCGUCCCCAUAGAAGAACCCAUCAGCAGCAGUGGGCUGGCUUAACUGGGACUUUAGAGCUGACCUAUCCCCUCCGUGUUAGUUCCCGGUGUCCCUCUGCAAGAGGUAGGAGGGGGCAGAGGCAGGCACCCAGGAGCCUCCUCAACACUCUACCUCCCACUAGCCACCCUGCUCAACGGCCGACAUGACCAGCACUCCGGUACGACUCACUACUGAACUUUACACGAUAACGUAACUCCGUGUCUUUUGAGUAGAUAUGAGGACAACAGCAGCAUCCUGAGCUGACAAAGAAACACUUAAUGGAAGGAACAAGAGGCUGGCCCUCGGAUCAGCAGCACUUCCUUAAGAUGAUGCACCUCCCCAGGAUCACGAAGAGAACCCAGUCACCCCACAGAGAGACCGUUUCCCCUGUCCUCUCAUACUACUCAGAGCCGGCCUACCUGCAGCACCGUAAGGAUGUGACUAGAGAUCUGGCCCCGCUGCCUGGUGCAACGAGAAGAGGAGCCCUGGAUGAGGAAGACCAGGAAGAGACGCUGAGCCUACGGAGCAUGCCCAGUAUGAGAAGCACCCUGAGUCACGCCUCAAAGGUGAAAAGGUCACGGGGCUUCCCGAAGAGACACACCAUCCCCGAGCUCAGACUGCCCCCUGUUACUAAGAUUCAUCCUGACCCCAGAGCCAGUCUGGAAUUGAGGGGUACUGGCUACCUGAGAUGUUCCAGACUUUCACCCAUCAUCAAAUCUACCAGAACCCAUGAGCCUCUGCACCAGGAAAGACCCCCAGGUCCAGCUGGGUACAGGAAAGACAAGCCGGACAGAGACAACAUGAAGAUGCAGAUGUUGGUGGUGUUGGCUGUAGCAGCCUUGGUCCCCAGUCUGUCUGAGGGACGGAUCCUUUCCAAAUGUGAGCUGAAGAACUUGUUGGAGAAGGAGGCCCUCAAAUUCAACAUGACUGGGGGAGCCGGAGUGAAGAACCUGACAAACAACGAUUUUGUGGCUAAAAUCGUCUGCCACGUGGAGAAGGCCUCCGGUUUCAACACCAGUUUUGUGACUGCUUGGAGGGAUGAUGACGGCCCUGAUGUACUCCCUACCCGCCCUGCCAAGGUUAAUGACCGCCAUCGCCCUGAGCCCCCUCCUAGGAGGGGUAAGAGACACGCUGGGGAUGAUGUUGACCCUACCCACCCUGCUAACAAUGAUAACCAUCCUACCCGUCCUCCCCGCCCUAACUACCCUACCCGCCUUACCCUUCCUAACCGCCCGGAGCAGCCUCCUAAGAGGGGUAAGAGACACGCUGGGGAUGAUGUUGACCCUACCCACCCUGCUAACAAUGAUAACCAUCCUACCCGUCCUCCCCGCCCUAACUACCCUACCCGCCUUACCCUUCCUACCCGCCCUGAGCAGCCUCCUAAGAGAGGUAAGAGACACGCUGGGAAUCACUUCACCUCAGGAGAGGAAAGCUCCAGCGAAGAAGAGACCAUGGGGACCCUCUACGGCUUGUUCCAGCUGAGCGAUCGUGUGAUUUGUUCCUCGGGCUCAACUCCAUCGUUGAACCUUUGCCAGAUGAACUGCAGUGCUUUGAUUGACGACAACAUAAGUGAUGACUUUAACUGUGUGAAGACUAUCAAACAGACAAUGGAAAGUGGUCGCGGUCAACAAACAAAGGCUCUAAAGAGAAUGAUCAACCUGCUCUUCCAGAAGGAAUGUGUCGCCACGGUGGCCUCCAGCUACUUCUCCAAGUGUUGAAGUGUUGCGAUGUUAGACGACAAUCCCCCCAAUUGCAAAAAGAUCCGAAUUGGGCUGCCGGUGUUAAUACAGCCGUUGUGUGUAACAAUUAGUUCUCAUCAGCUUCAUGUUUUUCAAAGUACACCGGAAUAGAAUGUAGCAUGUAGAAAUAAUAAAAACGAACAUUACAUUCA